AUGUAUCGGAACCACCAUGCUGACAGCUAUUCGGGAUCCAUCCCUGCCAACGGAGUUCCCGAAUACAUUCCUAAACAGCCUAAUGCCCCACCACUUCUCUCCCCCGGCCGUGUAGUCCCCGAAAGGGUACCUUCGAGGUGGUCAACCGGUCUUUGCCACUGCUGUGACGAUCCUGCAAAUUGUUUGAUCACUUGGUUUUGUCCCUGCAUCACUUUUGGACAGAUUGCCGAGAUAGUGAGUAAGGGAUCAUCACCUUGUGCAGAAAGUGGGACGAAAUAUGCACUGCUUCUUCUGACUGGUUUUGCAUGCUUAUACUCUUGUUUCUAUCGAUCUAAACUGAGGGGCCAAUAUGACUUGGAAGAAUCACCUUGUGUGGAUUGCCUUGUGCAUUUUUGCUGUGAAACAUGUGCACUUUGUCAAGAAUACAGAGAGCUUCAUAGCCGUGGAUUUGAUAUGGGAAUAGGUUGGGAAGCCAACAUGGAUAGGCAACAGCGCGGAGUUACAGUAGCUCCAAUUAUAACUUCUGGAAUGAGAAGAUGA